UCAUAAACAAAAACCACAAACAAAAUUUAUUAAAACGAUUUGUUUUCUCAAAAUCGGUUUUUCGAUCAUUUUUUUAUUGAUUUCCCAGUGUUUCUAAGUGUAUUCUAUUAAAUAGUUAACACCGUUUUGUGCAUCUGUUCAGGUAUUGCUCCAUUGCUAAAAUUGAAUUCAGAGAGCACACGUGAAGUAACAAGUUUGUAUAAGUACACGCACGCAUGCUCUCAGACCGUCCCGGCUGACAUUACUUUCUUGAGUAAAUGUUUAGAAAAGCUAUACGUAACUUUGGUAGUUUAAUUUACAAUAAUUCGUCGUACAAUAACUUUGUUAAUCGACGGUUUUUCUACGAGUCUAGAAAUAUGAAGAUUGGAACUCAUGAUGGUGUCUUCCACUGUGACGAAGUCCUGGCAUGUUACAUGCUCAAACUGCUUCCAUUAUACAAAGAUGCCCUCAUCGUCCGUACUCGGGAUACAUCCAAGCUCGAUGAUUGUGACAUUGUUGUUGAUGUCGGUGCUGUCUUUGACCAUGCCAAGAAGCGGUACGAUCACCACCAGAGAGAAUUUAAUGAGACCCUGAGCAUGCUGAGGCCUGAAUUUGGUGAUAAGUUCAAAAUCAAAUUGAGUUCUGCAGGCUUAGUGUACACUUACUAUGGAGAAGAUGUCAUAAAGCAACUGAUGCCGAGCAAUACUUCAUUGAACCCAUCUGAUUUGACUGUAAUCUAUAAAAAAGUAUAUCAGAAUUUCAUUGAAGAAAUCGAUGCUAUAGACAAUGGUGUACCGAUAGCCUCAGAGGAACCGAGGUACAAAAUACGCACGAAUCUAAGCAGUAGAGUGGCACGCUUGAACCCAGAGUGGAACUCCAAACAAGAUAUAAACAUAGAUGAAGUUUUUAAAAAAGCAAUGGCUUUAGUAAGUGAAGAAUUUCUAUACACAGUCAACUACUUUAUAACUGUAUGGUUGCCAGCUAGAGAAUAUGUCAGGGCAUCAUUAGACAGCAGAUUUGAAGUUCACAAAUCUGGGGAGAUUGUCGAAUUCAAGGAGAGAUUUCCUUGGAAAGAACACUUGUUUGAUUUGGAGGAAGAAAUGAAUAUUGGGCAUGAAAUCAAGUAUGUUAUAUUCAAUGACAAGCCAAACUCUUGGAGAGUUCAAGCUGUACCUGUGAACCCUACAAGCUUUGUUACCAGGAAACCUCUACACAAAAAUUGGUGGGGUGUGAGGGAUGACAUUCUGAGUGAAGUCGCAGCUAUAGAAGGUUGUAUAUUCUGCCACAGUACCGGAUUCAUUGGUGGUAACACGUCGCGAGAUGGAGCUUUAAAAAUCAUCCAACCAUCCAGCCAUCUCAAGUCUAGAAGCGGAGGCAUAAACAUGUAUUUGUAUACAAUAAAUUUACUCACGAAUAUUCUUGUUAGUACUUACUUUGGUGAACAACUCCAUUUUUAAGCCUUUAUAUUUUACUAGCCUACUUUUUAUACUACUAUACUACUACUUUUAUUUUACAUCCCGGCUCUAUUUAUUUAUUUAUAAGGUACUUCAACGACUUAUAUACUGUACAAUCAAACGUAAGUUGUUACACAUGCAUCGCAUUAUGGUGAAUAAAUCACUUAAAGAAGUACACAACACAUACAUUAAAUAUACCUACUCAAAUGCGUUGUUUAUGUCAAUUGGUACAUGGUAGGAUUGUUGCAAAGGUUUACACGCCUGUAAUGUGGUUCUAAAGAGUUAAAAAAAUCAAAGUGUUAAUUCAGUAAAUCGCUCUGGUAUUUUCUGCUGUAUAUCCGUCGAAGAAACAGUAAAAGUUUUGUGUUUUUAUUUCUAGCUUGUUGUCAAAUAUGUAAUUCAAUUCUACGUUGUGAUGCUACAAGAUUUUGGUGCUCGAUUCGAUAACUCUUCA